AUGGGCCGCGUUCGCACCAAGACCGUGAAGAAGGCGGCCCGGGUCAUCAUCGAGAAAUACUACACGCGCCUGGGCAACGACUUCCACACCAACAAGCGCGUGUGCGAGGAGAUCGCCAUCAUCCCCAGCAAGAAGCUCCGGAACAAGAUCGCGGGCUAUGUCACGCACCUGAUGAAGCGGAUCCAGAGGGGCCCCGUCAGAGGCAUCUCCAUCAAGCUGCAGGAGGAGGAGAGGGAGAGGAGAGACAACUACGUGCCCGAGGUCUCGGCCCUGGAUCAGGAGAUCAUUGAGGUUGAUCCUGACACAAAGGAAAUGCUGAAGCUCUUGGACUUUGGCAGUCUCUCCAACCUGCAGGUCACUCAGCCCACAGUGGGGAUGAAUUUCAAAACACCGCGAGGAGCCGUUUGA